AUGCGCGUACCGGAGUUUGGGAACCCUUUGAUGCCAUUGAUAUCUAUGCGGAUGUCGAAUCCAGACUCAAACCCCGGGCAUUCAAGUCUUAAUGAGCAGCUGACAUUGUACUUGGACUGGACGAGUAGGCCAAACAUGAUAUUCGACUCUGUGCGUAACAAAUUCAUACCGCCUGGCAGUGCCACCAGAAAGCUUGUGCUGGACCGUACAGACAAAUAUCCUACCGACCCGCCGCUGCCCACGACAAUCAGCGUUGCACGCAUCAACAUUUCACAAACGCCAAUAUACUGCACGGUUUCUGCUGCACCGCACGUGGUAUUCUCGUAUCACAGCGCUAGCGUAGAAGCCAGUGUUUGCCCUUGUACCUUUGGUGAUAUGAUCAUGGUGGCACAAGUCCUAUUGAGGACACCUCCGAAAGGGUGGAAUUCUAACACCGUUUCUCUCGAAUGGCGCCCGCGUGAAGACCACCCUGAAAUCGCCUCGCAUGAUGAACUCGACAAGGCGAUCGACAUGAUUCAAGUAUGGCCUGUGGUCUACAACAGAGUCUUAUGCAAGCCCAUACCGAUUGAUGACGGACAAUUCAUCACUGCUCCCCCGUGA